AAGCACAAAAAUAACAAUUCAUUGUUCUCGACAAGAAGGUGGCACUUGCCCUUUAACAUUUUCCUCCGAAUGACUUGAUGAAUACUAGAAUAGUUCUUCUCUUCAGCCUCUACAACAAGACAAAGAAAAACUAAUACGAAAAGGCACUCCCGCUUCCAAAUUGUAGACAAGAAACGCAGACUUAAAGCAGAUGAUCAUCAAUGAUCACACUGUUAUUUGAAUCAUAAUUAAGAAAGAAAAACAGACUAAACACGAAUAAUACCAAAAAGUCAGAGAAAUUAUCUUCCAAUGUAGAGUACCACACCUUUAAUUACUCCCUCUUUUGACGAAAUAAAGCUUUGUAAUCCCGCACGCAUUCAACUGCAUAAUUAUGAACCUCCAACUGCAAAGUAAGCUUUCAUUCCCAAAAAUGGUUGACCUUGACGUCAAAAAGAUAUAACCUAAAUAAAAGGAGGAGGCCCUGUUUCCACCACGUUUAUUGACUCUCCACCAACCAGAACCUUCCACAGGUAAUUAUUGUCAAGCGUAUCCCAAUUCACUCCCUCUUUCGGGGCAAAUACCCAGAAGAAGAAAAAAUACCAAAUUUUUGGAGAAAAGAGAAACAAAAAUGGAGGAAAAAAAACGUCAAAACCAAGGCCUAACCCAUUACUGGGGAAACACUCCUGAGGAGGAGUAUUACAAAGAACAGGGCAUCAAAUCAUCCAAUUCUUACUACACAUCACCCAGAGGGCUAACCCUAUUCACCAGAUCCUGGCAGCCACUCCAAUCCGAACCUCCACGCGGCAUCAUCUGUAUGGUCCACGGCUAUGGCAAUGACAUCAGCUGGACUUUUCAGGGCACCGCAAUCUUCCUUGCCCAGAAUGGGUUUGCCUGUUUUGCCCUUGAUCUUGAAGGCCAUGGCCGCUCCCGAGGCCUCAAAGCCUAUGUCCCAAAUGUUGACCUUGUUGUUGAUGACUGCAUCUCAUUCUUCAACUGCAUUUUAACCCAAGAUCCAAACUUCCCGAACCUUCCGAGAUUCUUGUUUGGUGAGUCAAUGGGAGGCGCAAUUUGUUUACUGAUCCAUUUCAAGCAACCUGAAUUCUUCAGAGGCGCGGUCUUGAUAGCCCCCAUGUGUAGAAUCUCGGACAAGGUGAGGCCAAAAUGGCCCAUUCCACAAAUCCUUACGGCUGUUGCAGGAAUUGCCCCCACUUUGCCUAUUGUGCCGACCGCUGAUUUGUUAGAGAAAUCUGUCAAAGUCCCAGAAAAGAAAAUAAUUGGGGUAAUGAAUCCCAUGAGAUAUCAGGGGAAGCCAAGAUUAGGCACGGUUCUUGAACUCCUGCGGGUGACAGAUUACGUUAGUAGUAAACUGAGUGAUGUGAGCAUUCCUUUUAUUGUGAUCCAUGGGAGUGCAGAUGUGGUUACUGAUCCAGCAGUGAGUAGAGAAUUGUAUCAAGUGGCUAAGAGUGAGGAUAAGAGUAUCAAGAUUUAUGAGGGUAUGAUGCAUUCUUUGUUGUUUGGGGAAACUGAUGAAAAUGUUGCGAUUGUUCGUGGUGAUAUCUUGAAGUGGCUGAAUGAUAGAUGCUCGUUCAAGAGUAUCCAGGAUGUUGAAAUUGCUAUAUGAUGUUGCAAUUUUUCUUUAACAGAUUUAUUGUUCUGAUUAUAAACUACUCAAAAAUUGUUCAGAAGUUUUUUCAAGAAUCUAUUAAUGAUCUUAUUCUGGUUCUUCCAAGAA